GCAGCGCAGAGUCCUUGGGUGCGCUGAUAGCUGUAGGUGAAGCAUUCUGUAUUGGGACACUGUCAAAAUGCAGACCUGGAACCAGCUUUAUCGUACUCUCGCAAUGCGAAGUCGACAUCUUCCCUGCAAGUUGCACAGAGCUACACCAUUAUGUAUGAGAACAUAUGCUGACAAAGCUGCAAUUGAUGCUGAUGUGACAGUUGUGGGAUCUGGGCCUGGAGGAUAUGUUGCUGCCAUCAAAGCUGCACAGCUAGGUUUCAAGACCGUGUGUGUGGAAAAGAAUGCCACCCUUGGAGGAACAUGCUUAAAUGUGGGCUGUAUCCCAUCAAAGGCCCUGUUGAACAACUCUUAUCUCUAUCACCUGGCACAUGGAAAAGACUUUGAAAACAGAGGCAUUGAAAUAAAAGAGAUAUCACUUAAUUUGGAGAAGAUGAUGGCACAGAAGAGUGGUGCUGUCAAAGCCUUGACGGGAGGCAUUGCACACUUAUUCAAACAGAACAAAGUUACUCAUGUGAAUGGAUUUGGAACAUUAACUGGCAAAAAUCAGGUCACUGCAAGGACUGCUGAUGGUGAGCAGGUUAUUAACACCAAAAACAUCCUGAUUGCUACAGGAUCAGAGGUCACCCCUUUUCCAGGCAUUGAGAUUGAUGAGAAAACUAUAGUGUCCUCUACAGGGGCACUAUCACUGGAGAAGGUCCCAGAAGAACUCAUUGUUAUUGGUGCUGGAGUCAUUGGAGUUGAACUGGGUUCAGUAUGGCACAGACUGGGCUCCAACGUAACAGCAGUGGAAUUCCUGGGUCAUGUGGGCGGCAUGGGCAUCGAUAUGGAGAUCUCCAAGAACUUCCAGCGUAUUCUUCAGAAACAGGGCAUGAAGUUCAAGCUGGGCACCAAGGUCAUGGGUGCCACAAAGAGACCUGAUGGCAAGAUUGAUGUGGCAGUGGAGGCUGCUGCUGGGGGCAAGAACGAGAUGCUUACCUGUGACGUGCUGCUGGUAUGCAUUGGCCGUCGGCCCUAUACCCACAACCUUGGUCUUGAGAAUGUUGGUAUUGAACUGGACAACCGUGGCAGAAUCCCUGUUACCAACCGUUUCCAAACCAAAGUGCCCAGUAUUUAUGCAAUUGGUGACGUGGUGGCUGGGCCCAUGCUUGCACACAAGGCCGAGGACGAAGGCAUAAUUUGUGUUGAAGGCAUGGCAGGAGGAGCUGUUCACAUUGACUACAAUUGUGUUCCUUCCGUCAUCUACACACACCCCGAAGUCGCAUGGGUCGGCAAGAAUGAGGAGCAGCUUAAGGAAGAGAGUGUCCCAUACAAAAUUGGCAAAUUCCCAUUUGCUGCUAAUAGCAGAGCAAAGACUAAUGCUGAUACAGAUGGCAUGGUGAAGAUCCUUAGUCACAAAGAAACAGACAGAAUGCUGGGAGCUCACAUUCUGGGUUCGGGGGCAGGUGAGAUGAUCAAUGAAGCUGCACUUGCAAUGGAAUAUGGAGCAUCAUGUGAAGAUGUUGCGAGAGUGUGCCAUGCCCAUCCUACUGUUUCAGAGGCCUUUAGGGAAGCCAACCUUGCUGCUUCCUUUGGAAAAGCCAUCAAUUUCUAGAUCACCAGAUACAUGUAUAUAAUUGCCAGCUUCAUAACUGGUUUUGGAAUCUUCAUUGGACACAUUUUUGGAGACUGUCAACUCUCAGCUUUCAGAAGAUGCUUUCAUGUGUAACUCCAGUAUAACACUGCAUUAUAUUUACUGUGUUAUUUAAAUGUUCUAAUAAAGGGUUUAGGGUAUUUUCUUAGGAUGAAAGUGACUCACUAAACAUCACUUGAGUACAGUCUAUCCGUGUUGAAUACAGUUGUACUUAAUUGUCCAGCAGCAACAGUUUGGGGUGGGUGGAGUUGAGUAUGUCUACAGCUGUUGGGUAGAAGAAGGCUUAGGUCGGUACAUGAUAUUAUAGCAUAUUGCAAUAAUGUCAGUUGAUGAAGAUAUUAAGCAAAUUAUCAUUCUGUAGCUUUAUCACAGACCAUUCCUGUUUGAUUCUUCCUUUAUUAUUUCCCCACUCAACCAUCCCUGUUGACCAGCAUUUUAAUGUGGGUUGUAUUAAAAAAAAAAUGUACAGUAGAAAAACACAUUUAUCAGAGGCCAUCAGAAUAUACUAAUGAACUCCAAAUAUACAUUUUUUAAAAAGUUACUUGAUAAUAAUAAUAUAUCUUAGAUUUUCAGUCUGGCAAAGAAUGCUGGGGUUCAUGCAAAUAAAGCAAAGAAAAUCUGGUAUUUUGA